AUGAGCAAGUUUAGCAACAUGCAAAACGGAACGUCGAAAAACGGCGUUACCAACGGUCAUCACCAAAAUGGCCAUUCGGUCGCCGACCGGAAUGGUGAUACUACGGUCGAUUACCGGCCCCAGUGCAACGGUGGACCAUUCCAUAUGCCUCGCAGUUCGGAGCACUCUGGGUACACCUAUGACACUCUGCAGGAAAUUGCCAAGUUCCUCAUGGACCGUACUGAGCUCCGUCCCAAAGUGGGCAUCAUUUGCGGUUCGGGCUUGGGAACGCUGGCGGAUCAGCUGACCGAUGUGGACAGUUUUGACUACGAGACGAUACCACACUUCCCCGUGUCGACGGUCGCGGGCCACGUUGGACGGCUCGUGUUCGGUUAUCUUGCCGGUGUACCGGUCGUCUGUAUGCAGGGUCGCUUCCACCAUUACGAAGGAUACCCAUUGGCCAAGUGCUCGAUGCCGGUCCGGGUGAUGCAUCUGAUCGGCUGCACUCAUCUGAUCGCGACGAAUGCGGCCGGUGGCGCUAACCCAAAGUUCCGCGUCGGCGACAUCAUGCUCAUCCGGGAUCACAUCAAUCUGAUGGGUUUCGCCGGCAACAACCCGCUGCAGGGACCGAACGAUGAGCGUUUCGGGCCGCGAUUCUUCGGCAUGGCCAACACCUACGAACCGAAGCUGGUGCAGAAGGCGAAGGAGAUCGGCCGUCAGAUCGGCAUCGAAAACGAGCUGCGUGAGGGAGUUUACACGUGCCUGGGUGGACCGAACUUCGAAACCGUCGCCGAGGUGAAGAUGCUGGCCAUGCUCGGUGUGGACGCGAUCGGUAUGUCGACCGUCCACGAGAUCAUCACCGCCCGCCAUUGCGGCAUGACCUGCUUCGCCUUCAGCCUCAUCACGAACAUGUGCACGAUGAGCUACGACGAGGAGGAGGAACACUGCCACGACAGUAUUGUCGGCGUAGGCAAGAACCGGGAGAAGACGCUCGGCGAGUUCGUCAGUCGCAUCGUCAAGCAUAUCCACUGCGAGGCAAAGAAGUAACCGGAGGAGCGCCGGAAGUGAUCGCCAGAUUUAUGAACCUUUUGUACAACUCGUUCAUUAGCUCUUAAAUGGCGCAUUUUAACUAGAAUAAUCAAUUUACUACUAGCGGACGGGGGCAGACGAGAAUAAGUGCAAUGUUAGGUAUAAGUAGUGAUAAUUCAAGCAUGA